GGCGAGGAUGGGCCAGAAAUCGAUUUCACCAAUCAUCAAAUCUUCUUCCAUUUCCUCUCUCUCUCUCUCUCUCUAUCUCUCAUUGAUUCCGAUAAUGGAAGGAACAGGCGUCGUGGCUGUGUACGGUAACGGUGCAGCGAUAACGGAGGCGAAGAAAUCUCCCUUCUCCGUCAAGGUCGGCCUAGCCCAGAUGCUCCGCGGCGGAGUCAUCAUGGACGUCGUCAACGCCGACCAGGCUCGCAUCGCGGAGGAGGCCGGCGCCUGCGCCGUCAUGGCCCUGGAGCGCGUCCCCGCCGACAUCCGCGCACAGGGCGGCGUCGCUCGGAUGAGCGACCCCCAGAUGAUCAAGGACAUCAAGCGCGCCGUCACCAUCCCGGUCAUGGCCAAAGCCAGGAUCGGGCACUUCGUGGAGGCGCAGAUCCUCGAGGCGAUCGGGAUCGACUACGUGGACGAGAGCGAGGUGCUGACCCUCGCCGACGAGGACCACCACAUCAACAAGCACAACUUCCGCGUCCCUUUCGUCUGCGGGUGCCGGAACCUCGGGGAGGCGCUGAGGAGGAUACGGGAAGGGGCGGCGAUGAUUAGGACGAAAGGGGAGGCGGGGACGGGGAAUAUUGUCGAGGCGGUUAGGCACGUGAGGUCCGUGAUGGGUGACGUUAGGGUUUUGAGGAACAUGGAUGAUGACGAGGUGUUUAGCUUCGCUAAGAAGAUCGCGGCUCCUUAUGAUUUGGUGAUGCAGACGAAGCAGCUCGGGAGGCUUCCUGUUGUUCAGUUCGCGGCCGGUGGGGUGGCUACUCCGGCGGACGCGGCGCUGAUGAUGCAGCUUGGAUGCGACGGGGUGUUUGUGGGGUCGGGGAUUUUUAAGAGCGGGGAUCCGGCGCGUAGGGCGCGUGCGAUUGUUCAGGCGGUGACUCAUUAUAGUGACCCGGAGAUGCUGGUGGAGGUGAGCUGUGGGCUUGGAGAGGCUAUGGUUGGGAUUAAUCUCAAUGAUGAGAAGGUUGAGAGGUUCGCUAAUCGCUCCGAGUGAAAAGAAACCGAACAAACAAGAAGGUGAAAUUUCGGACGAGAAUGGUUUUUCAGACCAUUUUGCAGUGAUGUCCAGAAAACAAAAGAAAAAAGAUGAUAUUUGAUGAGUAGUUUGUAUCCGCUUUGUGUUUUUUUUUCUCUUAUAAUCUUUGGUUAGUGAUUGUAAUCGACUUCUUCUAUUUGCAAGAACAAGUUGUCAGUUAUAAUAAUAAGAAUAAUAAUGUACUCUCUUGUUUGUUUUGAAAAUGAGACAUUCUUGGGUCCAUUGA